AUGUUCAGGCCCCCUUCUUCAGGGGCUUCGACUGACCUGGAAGUUUUCAGUCCGCUCAUAGGCACUGGCGGCGAGGCAAGCAAACCGUCACUCAUUCAAGCUAUAAGUAGCGGCACAAAGAAGUACAAGAGCAAGGAAAUAAUCCAACGAACAUUCCCACACAACUCUCCAGAAGUUGUCCGAUCACAGUUGCCCUUGAUUCUGCAUGGCCAGAGCGAGUCUGCAGUUGUUGACACGGGAGCCAAAGAGAAUGUGAUGUCAGAGAAGCUAGCUAGGAAGCUCAACUUGACCGUUCACAAACUAGGAGAAGCGACUCAUAACUUCGUCAAUGCUAUUGGUCAAAAUAUCAAAGCUAUCGGCUACGCAGAAAUUCGGUGUUCCUUGCGGGAAGAGCCUUCGCAAUUUUCAGAUACGAGAUUUUGGAUAUUUCCCAAGAUGGCUGUACCACUCGUGGUUGGCCGCAAGUUCCUUGAACAAACGAAAGGUUUGACUAAGCUCCGACAUUGCCUUCAGAAGAUCAUUCCGAGCAAAGGGCUGAAUUUGAGGGACUUACACAUAGAAUUACCCCGGUGGCGACUUAGCUGCCGAGUAGGUGACAGCACAGUAUUGGCCAAUCCAGAUACAGGCUCGGAUCUCGAUUUGAUAUCAUCGUCGUAUGUUCGACAGUCUGGAUUUCGACUCCGCAAUCUAAAAUCCAAUCGUCAGUACGUGCAAUUUGCAGAUGGCUCCCAAAAGAGGCUCUCCGGAGUCGGUUCUGUUCCAUUUGGACUUGGCUUCAGCGCCAAAGAGUAA